AUGGGUUGCUGCAGCGUGAGGUGUGGGCUCAUCGCCGGGGCGACGAUAGGGGCUCUGCUGGCCGUCCUUGGGGGCGUCCUCAUCCCGGUGGGCAACUCCAUCAUCAAGGACAACGUCAAGAAGGAGGCUGUCAUAGAGAACGGCACCACGGCCUACGAAAACUGGGUUUCCACAGGAGGCAUCGUGUACAGACAGUUUUGGCUGUUUGAUGUGAAAAAUCCCUUGGAAGUAUUACAGUAUGGAGCGAAGCCAGUUCUGACUGAAAAAGGACCGUACACAUACAGGACCCGCUACCUGCCCAAAGAGAACAUCACUGCCCACAGCAACCACACCAUCGCCUUCAUCCUGCCUGCCGGUGCCAUAUUCGAGCCCUCUCUAUCUGUCGGACCAGAAGAGGACAAUGUUACCUCUCUCAACCUCGCUGUUGCCGGUGCAUACUCUCUCGUCCCCAAAGAGCUUCACGGCGUACUGAAUUUGCUAAUACAAGCAAACAAAGCCUCUCUCUUUCAGUACAGGACAGUAAAAGAAAUCCUUUGGGGCUAUCAGGACCCAAUACUAAGUGACAUAGUGGGAGUUUUUGCUCCAUACAACGGCACGUAUGAUGGUUAUUAUAAUGUUUUCACUGGAAAGGAUGACAUCUCAAAAGUGUCUAUUGUAGACAGAUGGAAGGGUGAAAGGCAGCUGAACUUCUGGAAUGACACAUACUGCGACAUGAUCAAUGGUACAGAUGCUUCCUCAUUUCCUCCAUUCCUGGACAAGAAGAAGCAGCUGUACUUCUUCUCCUCAGACAUUUGCAGGUCUGUUUCAGCGGAGUUUGACAGCAGUCAGGACCUGAAAGGGAUUGAAGUGUACCGUUUCAUGUUGCCCGCCUUAACGCUGGCCGCUCCCUCCACCAACCCAGAUAACCUGUGCUACUGCAAGGACACACUGGUUACCAGAAACUGCACCAUGGCAGGGGUCCUGGAUGUCAGCUCCUGCAGGGAUGGAGCACCCAUCUACAUCUCCCUGCCCCACUUCCUGCAUGGCAGUGCUUUCCUGAGGGAGGCUGUCAUUGGUCUAAACCCCAGCGAAGACCAGCACUCCACGUUCCUGGACGUUGAACCCAUCACUGGGUUCACUAUGAGGUUUGCGAAGAGGCUUCAGGUCAACAUGAUGUACGGGCCCUCCAACACGAUAACUGUGUUGAAGCAAAUUAAGGACUACACCAUCUUCCCUGUGUUGUGGCUGAACGAGACCGCGGCUCUGGACGACGAGACGGCGGACAUGUUCAAGGCGGAGCUGACGUCACGGAUCCAGUUGCUGGAGGCGGUGCAGGUGGCGCUGCUCUCCGUGGGCAGCAUCGUGUGCGUGCUCUGCAGCAUCGCCAGCUGCGUGGUGGACAGGAACAGCCUGAGCAAACUGGUGUGA